UUCCUCUCUUCACUGGCAUCCUUUGAUGACGCAACUUGGAGCAAAGAAGCGAAACUGCGCUUUGUUUUGAUCAGAAAAUCAGCCGCUCCGACUGGGCUUUGAUAGUGGCUUAAAGCAACGCGUGCGACCCCUCCGAGGCUGUGGCCGUUCCCGGCGCUCCGCAGUGACGUCACGGCAGCCACAGACACUUAUGGAGCACACAGCCAAUCCCAGGUCCCGCAGCCGAGAAGACCACGAGGACGAAUCCAAAGCCAAGCUUCCAAGGAGUGAUUCGAAGGACCCCCUUACCUUGCCGGUCACCCCCUCUCUGUACGAUGCCCCUUUUCCUUUUUACCGGCGGCCAGCUGAAAUGGGGCACUUCUCCCUGGAUGCCAAGCGCUGCUUCCACGGAGAUGCUCGUCAGCUGCGCUACUAUGCCCCGCCCCCUCCCGAAGGCCCCGCCCCUGGGUUCGACCUGCGCGACGGCUACCGCGACCGCUACGUGCGGCGAGAUGAGAGCGUCCGCGAGGGGCUCGAGCAUCUGCUGAGAUGGAUUGCGCAGGACCGGAAGCAGCUGCAGACCGAGGCGCAGGGGCGGCCCCUGAACGCUGACUUUGUGACUUGGCGGGGGCAUCUCACCAAACUGCUGACCACCCCGUACGAGACUCAGGAGGGCUGGUUGCUGGCGGUCACUCUCUUCCGAGGGACCCUGUACAUUAGCGAGUUUGAAACGGAGGCUGCCCGCAAGCAGCGGGAGCAGCGCUCGGAACUGCUGAAAGAGCUCAUGUAUAUGGGAUAUAAAUUUGAACAAUACAUGUGUGCUGAUACUCCGGACGGGAUUCCUGACCCAACUGGAGUAGUGAACACAAAUGAAGCAUUCUGCACAGUGAUUCGGUCCCGCCUGGAAAGUCACUCACUCCUGUUCUCUGGAGAGGUCGAUUGUACUGAUCCCCGGAGCCCUUGGCCAGAUCCACCAAGUUGCUACGUGGAGCUGAAGACUAGCAAAGUCAUGCACAGCCCUGCUCAGAGGGGAAAUUUUUACAGGCACAAACUAAUCAAGUGGUGGGCCCAGUCUUUUCUUCCCGGAGUGUCCCGGAUUGUAGCAGGUUAUCGAGGGCCGGAUGGCUUGGUUGUGGGGCUGGAAACUUUUGAGACUAUGAAGAUAUUCAAACUCAUUCGGGAAGAUCCAGGCUGCUGGAAGCCAGCUGUGUGUAUGAAUUUCUGUGUGGCUUUUCUAGCCUUUUUGAAGACGGUGGUGACAGAAGACAACCCAAGUGAGUUGGUUCAUCUCUUCGCCUGGGACCCAGGGCACCCGGUUUCCUUCACAGUGCAUCGGGAUUCUCAAUAUUGUUUCCUGCCUGACUGGUACGUGGAGGCUUUGAGUCCAGAGAAGCCCCCAGCGUUGCGGAUCCCAGACUGAUGCACUGGAAGCCAAGCUGGUCUUGGGCCUAGAAGCUGCUGCACCUUGCAGGCCCAGGUGGGUAGUGGAAGGAAACAAACACCAGGAGUCUUGUUACGUGCUACUCGGAGAACGGGGAGACAGAGCAAUGGCAUUGCUGUGACAACAAAGGAAGGAAGAACCACCUGCUCAUGUGUUGUCUCCUGAAGCUGCUGGAGCAUGUUCUUUCUCGUGACACCUGUGGCUUAGAAACAAUAAAAGGAGGGGGCAAAAGUGUAACUGUGAA